AUGUGGCUACAAAAGAAUCAUUGGGACAAGAAGGAUGGGGUGAAUGGAAUAGUGGCAGUGGCAAUAGACUCAGACAAGGGGAGCCAGAACGCACUAAAAUGGUCAGUUGAUCAUCUCCUCACCAAAGGGUCAAGUGUAGUUCUCAUUCACGUCAAGCAAAAGCCAUCUUCUCUUUCUGCAUCAGUUUCUCUUAUGAACCAUAGGGGGAAUGGUAUUUCUGAGCAUGGACUUGUCUGCAGAGACCCUGAUGACCAAACCAAAGAAAUUUUCCGUCCAUACCGUGUAUUCUGUGCAAGGAAAGAUAUACACUGCAAGGACAUCGUGCUAGAAGAUGUAGAUAUAGCCAAAGCUUUAAUUGAAUAUGCUUCUCAAUAUGCAAUUGAGCAUUUAGUCAUAGGCUCUUCAAACAAAGGUGGUUUUCUUAGAAGAUUCAAGAUAGCAGAUAUUCCAGGAACAGUGUCAAAAGGGGCACCAGAUUUCUGCACGGUAUAUAUUGUUGCUAAAGGGAAGAUUCAAUCCAUGCGAUCUGCUUCACGUGCUGGUCCAGCCUUUUCCCCUCUUCAAAGCCAACUGAAUCAACCCAGUGCCAAAUUAGACCUGUCAGAACCACGUGUGCCUCUGUCUAAAGUGCCUGACAGGAGGUCUAUGGACGUACCAUUCCGUGGAUCACAUGAUGGAAUGGAUUCCUUCAGGUCACCAUUGACUAGGAGAAGUAUGAAUAUUGAUAAGUCAUUUGGGGAAAAUUCGAUGCCAGAGACUGACAUAAGUUUUGUAAGCUCUAGAAUGUCAAGUACAGAUCGGUUAUUCCCUUCAUUGCAUAACAUCUACAACAAUAGCAACUCAGAGACAGGAAUGUCCAAUCCCCGGCUAUCAUAUAGCUCUGACACCGAUGGAAACAAUUAUAGCUUUGAGUCAGUGAAUUUUGGAAGGAGGUCUGUGGAUAUCAGCUCCGAUUUCUCAUCCUUCUCACAAGAGAGUGAGGGCUUCUCAGCCUCAUCACAGGGCAUGGAUGAUGUGGAGGCUGAAAUGAGAAGACUGAAAUUGGAGCUCAAGCAAACAAUGGAAAUGUAUAGCAAUGCCUGCAAAGAAGCACUCACAGCACAGCAAAAGGCUGUGGAACUCCAGCGCUGGAAAUUAGAGGAAGAGAGAAGAUUAGAGGAGGCAAGGCUCGCAGAAGAAGCUGCAUUGGCCCUUGCAGAAAGGGAGAAGGCAAGAUCAAAAGUAGCCAUGGAGACAGCUGAGGCACAGAAGAGGAUUGCAGAACUGGAAUCACAGAAGAGAAUCAAUGCAGAAAUGCAAGCAUUUAGAGAAACAGAAGAGAAAAGAAAAGCAAUGGAUGCUUUGACAAACCAUGGUUUGAGGUAUAGAAGGUACACAAUUGAGGAGAUUGAAGCUGCCACAAAUUUUUUUACCGAGUCACAGAAGAUUGGAGAAGGGGGUUAUGGUCCAGUAUUUAAGUGCCUUCUGGACCAUACAUCUGUGGCAGUGAAGGUUCUACGUCCUGACGCAGCACAAGGAAGGUCACAGUUUCAAAGAGAGGUUGAGGUACUGAGUUGCAUUCGGCAUCCAAACAUGGUUCUCCUCCUAGGAGCCUGCCCUGAGUAUGGCUGCCUGGUGUAUGAGUACAUGGCCAAUGGAAGCUUAGACGACUGCCUCUUCUGCCGAAGAAACUCACCCCCAAUUUCAUGGCAGCUCAGGUUCAAAAUUGCAGCUGAAAUUGGCACAGGAUUGUUGUUCCUCCACCAAACCAAACCUGAGCCUCUAGUACAUAGAGACCUUAAACCAGCGAACAUCUUGUUGGACAGAAACUAUGUGGCCAAGAUCAGUGACGUAGGUUUGGCCAGGCUGGUUCCACCCUCAGUUGCAGACACUGUGACACAGUAUAGGAUGACAUCGGCUGCUGGAACAUUUUGUUACAUAGACCCUGAGUACCAGCAGACAGGAAUGCUGGGAGUGAAAUCUGACAUAUACUCUCUUGGGAUCAUUUUCCUGCAAAUUUUGACAGCAAAACCUCCAAUGGGCUUGACUCAUCAUGUUGAGAGAGCCAUUGAGAAGGGAACAUUUGUUGAUUUGUUGGAUCCAAAAGUACCAGACUGGCCAAUAGAGGAUACCUUGAACUUUGCAAAGAUUGCUAUCAGAUGUGCUGAACUGAGGAGGAGAGACAGGCCUGAUCUUGGCAAGGAAGUGCUGCCUGAACUAGAAAGGCUAAGAGAACUUGCUGAGAACAAUGAUCACUAUUCAAUGUUUGGUUGCUAUAUUAGCCCAUCCAAUCAGAGCGAAGUUUCUCUUCAACUGGAUGAACCCAGUUCUCCACUUGCUUAUUCUGGAGAGAGCUUGAAAAACCCAUCAAGUCCUGUUUGA